UAGAGCGCUUUGUUAUGGAGGAAGAACUAGAACCACAUGACACCAAGGCAGUGGAUGCUAACGAAGAAGCUUCUUCAGCUCCUGAAGAUUCCUCACCUCAGCAGGAGAAGUCAUCCAAUAAUGCUGAAGAGGCAGAUGUGGGUUUUAGCGCCUCCUGUCUGACCACAGCAGAACUGCAGCAGCACUGGAGAGCCGUUAAGCAGGAGUUCAGAAGCGUUAAACUUCUGUUUGACAUCCCCACCACGCGAAUCAUCGAUCAGAAAAUCUCCAAAUAUGUGGUGUACCAGGUUGUGGUGAUCCGCUCAGGUAGUUACGACUGUGAGCGAGUAGCUAUCGAGCGACGCUACUCAGACUUCCUCCACCUUCAUCAGGAGCUCCUGCUGGACUUCAGCGAGGAAAUGGAGGACAUUGUGAUGCCCAGGAAGAAAAUGACGGGUAACUUCUCAGAGGAGAACAUCGCAGAGCGGCGCGUGGCCCUCAGGGACUACCUUACUCAUCUCUACUCCCUCCGUUGUGUCCGAAAAUCACAAGCGUUUCUAGCGUUCUUCACUCAUAAGGAAUUAAAACCUUCAUAUGACCUCCUGCGUGGGGGCCGCUUUUCCCGGGCCCUUGAGGGCCUCCAGAAAGUGUUGGUACUUGAGGAAAAACUAUCUUCUCACAACCCUACUUUGGUGGUACCAACCUUGUGUGCCAUACUGGUGUGUCAAAGAGAUCUAGAAGACUCUGACGCAGCAUUUCAAACUGGCAGAAGAGCUCUGCCCAUGGUGAGACGAUACGAGCUCCGGCAGUAUCAAGGGCCCCUGCUGGAGGCUCUUGUUGAUUUGGGCUACAGUCUUGGGCUGCCUGUGGCCCAGUUACAGGAUGAGCUGACCAGAGCGCAAGACUCUCCAAACGGGCAGGUGUCAGAGAUGUCCCUUAAAGAACUGGUGGUGCAAGAGUUUGUAUAAUCAGUAACAACUGCAAUGUAGUUGUGUUUACUAUAAUCAUUAUUUGAUUAAUUCCCUAAUCCAAAAUAUUCAACUUCAGAGAGUUAACAGAAUAAUGAAUCUCACCUGAAAGAAAAUUCCCAAAAAUGUACA